UUCUUAAAUGAAAUAUGUACUAUCGUGAUUUAAAAUCAUGAGAUCUUAUGGGAGAUAAAGAAUCAUUAAAAUCAUUUUAUUUUGAUAAUUUGGCAAAUAAUUUAAUACAUUUUGGCAAAUUUAAGGAUAAAUAGAAGAGGAGAUAUAUUGUUUCAUUAAAAAAAAAAACCCAGCUCUGCCUGAAACUUGAGCAGCGGAAAAGAGGAUGGGCCUUUAAUUUUGUGUGUGUGUGUGCGUGUGUGUGUGUGUGUAUGUUUAAAGAGUGGGAGGAGGACAGAGAGCCACCAUCCCCUAAAACACUUUGUCAUGUUUGGAGUUCAUUAUACAUCACCUCACCUUAGGAGCUGCAAGGUCUCUGAAGGUAUGUGUUAACACUCGCUUGUGACACAAUAUCUUAAACAUUUUAGUUUAAUGUACUCAGGCUGUGUUUGGCUACUUUAAAUUGUGACACUUGAACUAAAUGCCAUUACAUAUAUAUUCUUUCUUUUUUUAAUGCUUCAGAUAUGUGCAUGGGAGCAAAUGAUGGAGUUCUGGUUGGAAGAUCAGUGUCAGCCACAGUUGUACUCCAGAUUUGGGACUCUUCCUGGGAGAAAUUGUGCACACAACUAUCAUGACAGACAUCAGGCAACAUAUAACACACUGUACUAUGGAGAGCAGCAGGAUCAGGGAAGGGAGUCCAGUGAGUGGACGGUAUCAGGACCAAGAGCAGGAGGAGCUCUGCAGGAGUACACUAACUGGACAGAGCCAGAGCUGCCCAGCUCUUCUUCUCCCAAUUUCCCCUUCAUUUUACACCGUCAUGAUCAGCGCCACCAGAACCUGGGAGACUAUCAGCAGUGUGAUCCCAGAGACAGAGAGUGGGCAUCUAACGGACCUUUGAGGGAGUACCACAGAGGAUUUCUGAGUCACGCUUCCCGUUACAACAGAGAUGUUUCUGCUAAGAGGAAUGACAGCAGCUAUCGAGAGCUGGAGGCUUGGGCAGCACGGUACAGUCACUCGCUGCCCAGGAGGAGACGUUUAGAAGCAGAGUUACGAGAGGCGGUCCGAGGCCUGUCGGAGAGCAGCCAGGCACCAGAGAGAGAAAAACUUGUGACAAAUCCUCGAGUCCAACUACAACACGGCCAACUAAAUACAAACCGCAGAGCCUCUGGGCUGUGGGACAAAGAAGCACCUCCUGCUACAGACACAAACUACAUAAAGGAAAAGAUUGAAUACCAAUCAAGGGUAUCCAGCAACCCUCCUAGAUAUAUUGGACCUCCUCCCUACAACAGGCCACUUCAGAGUCCACCUGUGACAUUCCAGCGUGAUGAUGGCUGGCAGCCGGUUGGUAAGAAGCAAGCCAACUGGUCACAGCCAACACUAAGAAAGCAGGAUGUCCUAGUGGAUUUGCAAACCCAGAGGAAGAUGGAGAAAGAUGAAAUCAAAACCUGCCCUGAAAUGGAGGAACUGGAGUCCAGUAAACAUGAAGGAGAUGAUUUACAGGUAGCCAGUCCCAUUGAUGCACAGAAACCUGAUGGCAUGUUAGCUCAUAAAAUACAAGCAGUUCAGAAGUCAAACAUGGAGAAUAAAGAAAUCUGUAAGGUCAUAGAAGGAAGGAAGUUCAGACUGAAGAGAAAAACAGGAGGGAUGACCAUAUUCUGUCUCGUAUCUCGAAUAGCUAGCCCCUCUGAAACCACAUUAUUACCAAUCUGCACCUCCCAAACAAGCAUCCAAAGCACAGAAACAGACAGAAAGGAUAACAACCAAGUGAACAAGCUCGUUGAUGAUGUAGACUUCAGCUCACAGGCACUCAAAGAGCAGAUGGAUAAAAAGACACUCAGAUGCAGAGAAAAGGUGAUGCCUGAAGACGACCCACCAAAUACAGCAGACAGUGGUUUCCAGGAAAAAUCCGGAUUUGAAAGAAGUGUUCUUCAGUCUGUGCAGCCUGUGUUGACCAAAUACCCUUUAUGGAGGGAGCCUAGUUCCAGUAGCAAGGCUGAAACUGAGACCUCCAACACAAACUGUUUGAAAGAGAGAAAAGGAAGCAUAUUGAACCAGGAUGAAGCUGGGGAUGUAAGUAGCCAAUCCAUGGACAAUGAAAAGAAGAAACUGGACAUCACGGACAAAGCUGAGGACAUGAGAGGUCUCCUGGUGAUAGACACUAGCUGUGUUGUUGUAAAAGUGAAGCUGAUUCCUUCACCAAAGAAAGAGCAAGUUCACUAUUUAGGCUCCACAGAAAACGAUGAAAGCAGCUCAUCUGAAUCAAACUCUAUGCUUUCUCAAGUUACGACUGAUCCAAGUAUUGAGGCCUUGAAUAGGAAUGAAGUUCACCCUGAAGCUGACCUGGAUCCAACACUUUUGGAGAAACAGGAACAGAAAGAGAGUGGCAUUUCCAUCUCCAGUGUGCAGCAAUCUCCGCUUUCUGAAAGGGAAACUCUGGAGGAGCGCACUAAAAGAAUCCUUGGAAUACCUCUGCAUGGCGCCGUCGUCAAGCAGCAAACUGAGAAUAAAGAACCACUGACUGAUCUGUGUAAGGAGGAGCAGAAUGAGGAGGACAAACCACCACCUUCUGAGCAAACCCUCGAGGAUACAGCAGACCAUGUAGAGGUCCCUCUCGCAGAGAAAGAUGAAGAUGACAUUAGAAAGCAGCUAGCAAAUAAACACGGUAAAGAUUUUACCGAUUCUCAACAGCAAGCAUCCGACAUGACUGAGGACGAUAACACUGAGUCCCGACUCGAAACGGACAACACUUCAACCCCAACUGAACUGAAGAAAGACAGUGGGGUUGAUUCCCCUUGUGGAGGAAGUAAAAAUGAAAAGCAGCUUGUUGAUCUCAAUAAUUCUUCUUCACUUUCUCUGAAUGUAUCAGACUCAAGGAUACAGGAAGGUCUUGAUUCUGAACUUGAUGCACAGAAUGCAGAUGUAGACCCUCACCCUGACAUAUCACUUCCUCCUGUGCAGCCACCUCCUCUUUUCCCUGAAUUCCCUGAUUCUCCUUUAAGCUCCACUAUCAGUGAAGACAAUCCCCCAAGCCCUCCUCCUCUUGAGGUAAUGCUCCAAGCAGCUGAUGUGGAUUGUGUUGCAGAGCACAAGGAUGAUGAGGGGGAAACGUCCCAUUCAGCUGAAAGUGGGGUCAACCACGAGUCCUUGGUUACAGAAAAGAAAGACGUUUUGCCACAUCAACACAGCGAAUGUCACCAAUGGGAUGAUGAUCCAUGUAUCACAGAGAUGCAACAAACAGAUGAGGCUGAUUUAUCCAGAGCUGAAACUAACGACGAAGAUCUCAACAUUUUAGCACAACAGCUUAGAUGUGUCCAAACUGAAGGCGUCACUUGUGCAAAAGAAGAGCAAGAACCUCUAGUAGCCAACGGGAAUCUUUCUGAUCUCACAGUUCAAACAGAUGAGGAGAUUGAAGAAAAUGCAAGAACUUGUGAAACAGAAGAUUACUGCUUCUUACCAAAGUCUAAUUUGGAGGAGGAUGUUUUGUGCAAGAAAGAAAGAGGUGUGACUCUGGAGCAGACCCAAAUAAAUCCAGGUCUGACUGCAAGUCUCUUCAAUCAAACACGAAGCAAUGAGAGAGAUACAGGCACUCAAACUCCACUAAAGACAGACAAUCUGCAAAACUCUGAGUCACAAGGUAAAUGCCCUGACUAUACUUCUUCAUCAUCUUCAGGCAGUGAGGUCCUUAUCUCUGACUUUUCAUCUCCUUCACAAGAACCAGACAGAGACUAUGAUCCUCUCCUAGAAACUGACUCAACUGGCUCUACUCAAAAUGUUGACAUCACUGCUGCUCCCGAUGAGGAAAAUGCCUCUAGUCCUUUUUAUCUGGAUUCAUGUGAAGAAUCCAGCCAGUUGUCAACUGUUCUUCCCCAAGAUGAAGAUGUUUCUACAAAGUUCUCUCCAUCUGUUGCACACAAGAAAAGGUCCCAGUAUCCACAGUCCCUGUUGGACGUGGUAAGUCGCAUCAGAAAGCACACAGCGCCUGACUCUGAGAGCGAAGAGGAGGAAGUGAGUGAGCAGUGGGAUCCCAGUUGUCUAAAUGUGGUAGCAGACAUAAAGUCUGAGAAGAAUGUCUCUGAUGUGGUUUUAAAUGACAUUGCUGAGACAAGGCAGGUAGACCAGGAUGACAAAGAGCCAGAGGGCCAUGCUGAAGAAGAGAGCACAGCAGAGCAGCACCAGCCACAUUUCUGAAGACACUGUUAUUGUAGUGGGAGGAGAAACAAGACUCUCUGGUGAAGAAUAUAAGGAGCAAGAGUAGCAAAGAUGUUCCAGUGAAGAAAAUGGUGAAACCCAAUCAGAAGAAAGUGAAAAAGAGGAAGACCUAAACAUUUGUGGUUCCUGUGAGGGAAGUCCAGUGGAGGUAGAUCAAAAUGCCAGUGAUCUGUUAAAUGAAACUAAGACAUCGAACGAACAGCAGCUUGAAAAAGUAUUCAUACCCCUUAACCUUUUUGGUCACAUUAAAACCAUCAACUUCAACGUAUUUUAUUGGGACUUCAUGUAUUGUACCCCAAAGUAGCACAUAAAUGAGAAGUGGGAGGAUAAUAGUUUUACGUUCUUUUACAAAUAAAAAUUAAAAUAAAUUUCACAUGCUUCUGUACUUAGCGCCCUUUAAUCGAAAAUCUCUAAAUAUAAUCCAAUACAACCAAUUGCCAACAGAAGUCUCUUCAAUUGUGAAUAGAGAUGUGUCAUUUAUUCUCAGCAUAAAUCCAGCUAUUCUGUGAAGGUCUCCAACAUUUAUUUGGAGAACAGCAGUGAACAAACAGCAUCAUUAAAACCAAGGAACACAGCUGACAGAUCUGGGAGAAAGUUGUGGAAAAGAUUUAGAGGAGGUUUAAGUUAUAAAACAACAUCCUUAGCUUUAGGAUAUUGUGAAAAGUUAAAGAGAAUGACUGCAAAUCUACCAAGACAUGGCUGUCCACCUAACAUGACAAGCUGAACAAACACAGCAUUAAUCAGAAAAGCAACAAAGAGGCCUAUGGUAACUCUGGAGGAGCUGCAGAGAUCCACAGUCCUCUUCGGAAAAUAUUUUGACAGAACAACUAUUAGUCACGUAAUUCAUAAAUCCCAUCUUUGUGGAAGAAUGGCAAGAAGACAAACAUUUUGAAAGAAAGCCAUAAGGACAACAUACAGCCAGAGCUACAAUAGAUUGUGUUAGAAUGGCCCAGUCAAAGUCCAGACCUUAAUCCAUUUAGGACCUGUUAAUGCAGGCAAAUAUAGUUCUACAAAGUACUGACACAUUGGGGCUGUAUACAAAAGCCAGACUUUUCAAAUUGCAAAAGCAUGUAUGCAUUUCCUUCCACUUCCCAAUUAUGCAGGACUUUAAAUUUAUUUAUCGCAUAAACUCUCAAUAAAACAUGUAGUUUUAACGUGACAAAUGGUGACAAAUUUCAAGAGGUAUGAAUACUCUUGCAAGGCAUGGUAUAGUACCUGUAUUGAAUCCAUAGCAGAAAUUUUAGAACUUUUAUAUUUGAUUGCUGAGUGAUAAAAACAGCAAAUAGACAGGACUGUUUGCUGAGGUUUCAGUGUGUGGAGAUUCGUUUGACUAGAAUCAAGCUGUUAGUUGGUGAUGCAGGUUAAUAAACACUAGGGUGUGUUAAAAGAUCAAACAUGAACUUUCUUGAAUUCUCAUACUAUUUUUUGUCCCCCGAUAUGAUGUAAUGCAGACAUUUGGUUUUUACAUUUCCAAACUACACAUAUAUACAUGCUGAGGGACUUUACUCCAGGGUCAUGUCCUGAAAACCAACCUGCUUUCAUCACCAGAUACCCUGAUUUCUUUUUGGCAGCUCUCUAUGUGACUUGAUAAAAGAAAUCUUUUAUUUUUUGACCGUAAUGGUUUUUAACCAACUAAAUAUGUAAUGCUUUGUUACUUACAUUUUCUUUAUUUCAUAUUCUUAUAUUCAUAUUCGUUAAUCAUAUGCCCAGUGUUUCUCCAUGACAAGCUUAGUUUGUUUUUAUUUCUGUCUUUGCUUUGUUUCUGUACUUUAUGCUUUAAUUUACUUUGAAUGAAAGGUUCUAAAGGAUAAAGAUUAAUUGAUUCACCAGAGGACAGAACUCUAGUUUAAAGUACAUUUUUAGUCUUUUUAAGCACACAUUUAGGCAUAUCUUUGUUGUUGUUGUUUGGAAGGUACUUAGGGUGCGUUGAAAAAGUAUUUGCCCCAUUAUGGAUUUCUCUCUGUUGGUACGUUGUCACACUUAGAUGUUUCAGAUCAUCAAACUGAUUUUCAAAUCAAAGAUAACCUGAGUAAAUACGGAUGGACCGUUUUUAAUGAUUUUAAUUAUUCAGGGGGAAAAAAAGUGAUCCAAACCCUAUGUGGAAAAAGUUAAUUACCGUAAUAGCCCCUGUCACAACUUGCAAUAAGUCUUUUACAUUACUGUGGAUUUUUGGCCCACUCCUCUCAACAGAAUUGUUCAUCCACAUUUCGGGGCUUUUCAAAGAUGAACAAGGCAGGCAGUAAACAUCAACGGCCUUGAGGACUAAGACAUCUGUACAUGGGUUGCACACUUACCCCUUUCCUUGCCAGAAUUGCUGUUAGUUUAUAGCAGAUGUAACAUGACACUUUCCAAAAUGUUGCACUUUUCUCCCAACAGUCCACAUAAUAUUUUCCACAAACUCAUGUUGAUCAUUCAAUUUUUCUUUGGAAAUGUGAGAUUGGCCUUUGUUUUCUUAUUGGUCAGCAGUAGUUUACACCAUGUAACUCAUUGGGGGUCAUUUUUGCCCAAUUUCUUUCUUAUAGUUGAACCAUGAACACCUACCAUGGCUGAGAAAGUGUGAUCUGCAGUGGUUUAGAUGUUGUUCUGGGUUCUGUUUGUGCCUUUAUGGAUGAGUCGGCAAUGUUCUUUCGAACUAAUUUUGGUCAGCCUAUCACUCCAAGGAAAAGGGUACCAAUGUUCCAUGUUUUCUCCAUUUGUGGAUAAUGGCUCUCAGUGAGGUCCCUUGCAGUCCCAAAACCUUAGAAAUUGCUUCAUAACUCUUCCCUCACUGAUAAAAGUCAAUGACCUUUGUUUCUCAUCGGUUUCUCAUCGGUUCCUGAAGUGAUUUUAGGCCAAGCUAUGAUGUGUGCCUACUUCAUGUUGUCACACAGGUUCUGUUUAAGAGAUUUCUUGAUUCUACAGGUCAGGUGGUAAUUAGGCCAGGGUAUGACUAGUGAAACUAGUGAUUUAACAGAGGGGGUAAUAAUAUUGUCCCAUAAGUCCUAAUCUUCAUUUCAAAACCUUUUUUGUACUCUGGUUAUUUUUGUCUCAUAAAUGUUGUUUGAUGAUCUAAAACACGCAACACAAAAGCAAAAACGGAAGCAAACUAUAAGCAAGCAAAUACUUUUUUGCAGGACCAUAUAUGUUGAUAUAAAAAUAAAAAAAAGUUGCUUCUGCCUGUUAAUACAGUUUUGCUUUACAAUAAUUCCCAAUAAGGUAAUCUAUUUAAAACAAAUGCAUGGUGCCUCAGAUAAGAUAAAAUAUAUUUGAUAUUCGCAGUAAAACGUUAGUUAUUGCUUUAUUUAGCCCUCUUCUUGAUAAAGGUCUCACAUGUAAAUCAGAGAACUUGUCACAAAUUGAUAUUUGAGAUGAUUCAGGUUAAUUACGUCUAGAAAUAACAAAGCUGAACUCAUGUUGACAUCACAAAAAUAUAUUUGAAGAGAAAACCGAUUCUGAAAUUGUAGAAAGUUCAUACAAAUGUGUAAAUUUCAGGACACUUGUAACAUUACAAAGUUUUUUUUUGUUUUUCAAAAUAAAAGUCAGAAUGUGUCCUUCUUGUUCUUUCAGCACCAACAUUGCAUUAUGACACUUUUUUGACAGCAGAUCACUCUAGUAAAGUAGCAAGAGUUUGGUUUGAUUACAAUGACAGGGUAACUUAAAACAUACAUGGUCAUAUUUAAAUUAAAAUUAUAAAUAUCACAACACAGAUUUUAUGUUCUAAUCAAAGAAAAAGCCAAAUAAGCCAAUAUGCAAUAUAAGUAAAAAAGAAAAAAAUAAGCCUUUCUAUAUUUUUGUUCACUACAAGUAACCAAACUACUCAAUACUGAUACUUUUUCCCUUUAUAGAAGCGAGUUUACGCAUCACCAACAAUGAAACAGAAGGUCACUUAAAGCUAGAAAUCUUAAUACAAAUUCUCCCAGUCGGAUGUAAAGAGGUUCUAGUGUUCAUCAAUCUUGAUAAAAAUGUUUUAUCUGAGUUUUUGAAAUGUUUCAUUCAUUAUGUUUUAAAUUACGCCACUGUAUGCCAUUAAUUAAUUUAUUAGUUUCUAUGGUGAAUAAGCUAUUGGCAAACUAAAAUAUAAAACACAUUUCUCCUGUUAGAAAUUGAGGAAGGUUCAAGGACAGGAUUUUUUCCUUAAAGGUUUUCUUCUGAUGCUGUUUGUAAUCCAGAUUAUAGAAAAACUACCAUGUCAAAAUUAAGAAAAACUGUGUAUUGUUAAACAUGCAUA